AUAGGAUAUUCUCAUUCGAAAUUGAUGAUUCAAAUUUAGCUAUCACUUUUUUCUUAUAAAAGCUUUUAAGCAGUAAAGCCAUGUCAGUUUUAGCAUUAGUUUUUCAGUCUCUAAUAUUUUCAAGCAGUUUAGCAAGAAUUACUGAUUUUUAUGCUAUAAAAUGGCGAUGCUACUGGCAGUUUGUUUUGCUACUCUCUUUUUGUUUAAUGGUUCUGAAUCUAAGCCUAUGUUAUGUCCAUGUACUAAAGAAAUAUCACCUGCUCUUUCAUCGGAACCAAGAACAGAAUUGAGAGAUGCAACUUCACCUGACAUGAAAAUGUCACCUGCUCUUUCAUUGAAACCAACAACAGAAUUGAGAAAUACAACUUCACCUGACUUAACAACAACUCUUUCAUCCAAAGCAGCAAAUCGAGUACUGGAACCUGUAACAAGAAAAUUAAGAAAUGUGACUUCGUACACGACAUUAUCAUCUACAACAGAGGUUUUAUCAAUUCCACUUGAGAAUACAACAACGGUAUUUCCAAUAAUUCCACCUGAUUUCAACAAUGAAACAAUGCUUCUAACAUCUACGCCCGAUUUUAGCAAUGUAACGGUAUCUCCAUUUAUUGAUAAAACAAGUCUCAUGAAUAUACCAGUGCCUAUUGCUGCUACCUUAACAGGCAUCUUCAGUCUAUGUUGCUUUUCUCUGGCAUGCAAAGGAGCUAAAGCAUAUAUUGCAGACUGUAAAAAUAAAGUUACAGCUAAAAAAGAGCUAACAAUAACCACUAAUAAAAUAAAGUCAGAAACUAAAUGUUGUGAAGGAAAACAUUUGAAAAAGAAAUCAUACUCAAACGAAACAUGUCAUUGUAAUACUUGUAUUUGUACGCAAUACAAAUAGUGAGAUAAUUUUAUUUAAAUAUUAUUUUUACUUGAUUUCAACAAUGCAAUGAUAUUUUCAAGAAAUUCAAUUGUUUUAAAAAAUAAAGUCAAUAUUUCCAAUGAUUUCUUUUGCUUUCAACAAUGAUAAAUAUUUUAAAUUGAUUGGUAACCUAAAUUUUAAGAAUUUUUCAAUGAAGUGCAAAAUUACGCUAAAAAGUACCGGCAUUUAGGGUGCUGGUUGAUAUACAAUAAUUUUUACAGUAAUAAUUUCCGAAAAAUCCCUGAAUUACACUAAUUAUAUUAUAUAUUUAUACUAAUUAU